AUGUUAUUGAAAGAAAUUUGAUUUUGGCGAAGUUCUGAUGUGAAUUUUUAAAUACAUUUUUGUUGUGGAAAUAGUUUGUUAUGAUCAAAAGAAAUGGCUGACUCUAGUGAAAGCUCUCCAUUACCCAUACCAAAAGGUUCUUACCAAAUAGACUUUGAUAAUUUAGACGAUUUUAAUCCAUUUCAAUCUAAGCAGCAGCUGGGUAGUUCACCACCUAUUAAUAGUAAUAAUAACAAAGUACCAUCUGUUGAUAAUGAAGAUAUUAAUAUAGACGAUAUUGAUCCAUUUAAAAGUGGUCAUGCUCUUUCCAACUCUCCUCCUACCAAUCUAGUCAAUAAUAACGAGGGGGAAGUUGAAACCAAGAAAAAAGUGAGCCCAAAGACAAAGAAAGUAACUCCUAAGAAGUCUCCAGCUAAGAAAGACAAGUCUCCUGCAGUUUCACCAAAAGUUGAAGCAAGUGUAGCUGCCAGCCCACCUAAAGAUUCUGAAUUAGUAGAACCUGAUUCACCUAAAGAACUAGAUGAUACAUUGGAAGCCGCCACACAGCCCUCUCAAGAUAAAACACCAGAGAAAGAUUCUGGAGUAGAAACAAAUGAUGUUAAAAGCUCUCCCGAGACAACUGUUACACCAAAAAAAACACCAACUCCUAAGAAAGGACUGAAAAAGCCAAAAUCGACUACUAAAAGUAAAUCUCCAAAGCAAUUUGUGGAUGUUGAUGAUGAAAUUCAAAUAUUUGCUCCCAAAAGCAAACUUGAACUGGAAGCAGACAAUAUAGCUGAUAUACCAGAUGGUGAUAGUGGUAUAGAAAUAAAUGCGCCUCCACCACCCUCUGUUAAAGAUACCCCAAUUACAGAAUUAGAAGCAACUACAAUGGAGGAACCUUCAUUUCUUGUGAAUUCCAUAGCUGUUGACCCUGCUGCUGACCUUGACUUUGCUGCCAACCUUGCACCUGCUGCUGAUGUCAAGUCUGAAACACCAAUUAAGGAAAAGUCACCAAAUGCCAAAGCAGUUACAGAAGAGCUAAGUACAUCUGGUGAUGAUGAAAUCACUUUCCAUGAUGCACAACAAGAAAUAAGUGAUGCACCACCUGAUAUGAAUGCGUCUGCUGAUUUGCAAGGCUCUAAAGAAAUGAUUGGUAGUUUUGACGCUGUUCAUGAGUUUGGUAAUGGUGAGAAUGAAAUGGCAGAAGAUAAUGAAGGAUUUGUCCCUGCUACUGACAUUUUUGCAGAUAAUGCUAAUUGGGAUAUGCUGGAAAAGAUUGGAGGAUCUAAGAAUACUCUGACAUUGGGUAGAGAAUCAUUGUAUGUGGCAUUUGAUCCAUUUGUAAAACCUAUCAAACCUGCUGCAGAAGUCAUUGAAGGAUAUCCACAAAACUGGAUCUUGUUUUAA